AUGUCUCUUCCCACGCGCAAGAUUGGAAAGGACGACGUUCCCUACCCCGGGCUGGGCACGAUGGGCAUGUCCGGUUGGUACGCCGGAUUCGGCGAUACAGAGCGGAACAUCGCCACGCUCAAAGCCGCUUGGGAGAAGGGCUGCCGUUUCUGGGAUACGGCAGAUAUCUACGGAGAUAAGCGCAUGUGGGAGAACGAGGAGCUUAUCAGCCAGGUUAUGAAAGAGUGCAACAUCCCGCGUAAAGACAUCUUCCUUGCAACUAAGUUCGGGAACUGGCAGAGGGAAGACGGAUCUCGAGUCAUUGUCGGAACGCCGGAGUAUGUGAAGGAAGCGUGUGAUCGGUCGCUCAAGGCGCUGGGGACAGACUACAUCGACCUGUACUACCAACAUCGUGUGGACAAGAACACCCCUAUCGAGGACACGAUGCAGGCCAUGAAAGAGCUCCAAUCAGCAGGGAAGAUCCGGUACAUCGGUCUGUCUGAGUGUUCCGCCGCUACGUUGCGGCGCGCCUGCGCCGUGGUCAAAGUCGACGCGCUGCAGGUCGAGUACUCGCUUUGGGAGACAAGUCCAGAGACCAACGGGCUUUUCGAUGCGUGCAAGGAGCUCGGAGUAGCUUUCGUCGCUUAUUCGCCCCUGGGGAGGGGGCUGAUCAGCGGAAGCGUAAGGAGCAGGAAGGACUUGACGCCGGAUGAUAAUAGGUGGAAACACCCGAGGUUCAGCGAGGAGAACUUCCCGAAGAAUGUCGAGCUAGUAGAAGAACUCGCGAAGCUCGCAGCGGCAAAGGGCGUUACCUCUGCGCAACUCGCCAUCGCCUGGGUCCACGCUCAAUGGGACGGUAUCCUCGCUAUCCCUGGCACGACACGUAUCGAGCGGCUGGAAGAAAAUCUAGAUAGCUUGAAGGUCCAUUUCACUCCUGAGGAGCUGGCGGAGAUCAGGAAGAUCUUAGAUAGCUUCCCUAGAGCGGGAACGAGGUAUCCUGAGGCUAUGAUGCGCGAUGUGCAUAUCUAG